UGUCUCAUGUGUCGAACCCCAGAAGAGGUACGUGCAGAGGCCGGCGGUUGGAGCGGGGCGCACGGUGACAGCCGAUCAGUUCUUGUGAACAACAUUCAGCGCUAUGUGCCUGCCCAGACUAUGCUUCCGCCGACACGACUGGAGACCUUGAUAACAGAGGCCGUUCGUGCCCAACUAAAUGCAUGCACCUUCCACAAUCAGCAUAUCUCCUGGCCUGACGCCCUGAACUCAAUCUCCCUCCUCCAACCUCACUCUUGUAGUAUUCAGGAGUUUCCAGUCUUCCCUGUGCAGACGAUAGAGCAUCGAGAUACGGACCUUUGGUUCUGUCAGUUCAGUCCAGAUGGGACCCACCUUGCCACCGGCGGCAAGGACGCCAAUGUUGACGUCUGGCGUGUGGAUGUUCAGACGCACACAAUUCACUCCAGCCGCACUCUCUCAACAAGCAGCAGCUUCAUUGGACAUCUCUGCUGGUCGCCAAACUCAAAAAAAUUAGCUGUGUGCUGCGGAGAAUUGCACGGCCCAGUCAUGGUCUUUGACGUUGCAAACAGGCGUCAGUUGUGCAGUCAACAAGUAAAUGACGAAGACGUUUACUGCGCGGCAGCUUUCUUCGCUGACAGCCGAAAACUGGCAUUCGGUGGCAUGAAGGGUGCCUUCUACGUCAUGGUAAAUCGUCGUUUUUGGAUGUUCUUUUUGUUUUAA